UUGUAUUAAAAAGGUACGAUAAUGAUUUUUAUCGCUUUACGUUGUUCGUUUUUCUUUGGCAUUGCUUGUUUGUUUUUUUUACAGCUAACUUAAGUUAGUACAACUUAAUUCAUCGGCACAAAUUUUUUUUGAUAUUCCCGGCAUCACCGGUUGACUCAUAUGCGUCAUAAAACAUGCUGAUUUCUACACUUUUUAAAAAACCAAUCAAACGGUAUUUUAAUAAAAAAGAGCGGGCUUUCUUCUUACCAUCAACUCACAACAACAAUGGUUUAUUAAGAAAAGGGCAAAAGUUAAAGAUUAAGACUUCAAAUAUAAAAUGGCUGAAAUCGCCGACCCACUUCAACUUCAGGAAGCGGACAAAGAAGACAAAAAGCACCUGCUUCCAUGUCGUGUAUGUGGCGAUAAAUCUUCAGGAAGGCAUUAUGGUGUUUUUACAUGUGAUGGAUGUCGUGGGUUUUUUAAACGUGCAGUUCGCAGAAACCUCUUGUUUUUAUGUAAAGAGAACGGCAACUGCCAAGUAGAUGUUGCACGCCGCAAUCAAUGUCAGGCAUGUCGUUUGAGGAAGUGUUAUGAUGUACAUAUGAAUCGAGACGCUGUUCAACAUGAAAGAUCACCUCGUCUCAACAACAACAGGACACGCAGCAAACAAAAUGAUUCCAAACAUCGCGCUCCCCAAUCAGUUCAAAUACCAUCUAAUAUUGAUGUUAAAUAUCCGCAAGGUGUCUCCUUUGUAAGUUACGAAGAAGCUUUUAUGCCGCAACAAGCUCGAGGUUACGAUAGCGAAUUUAAUCAGUUUCAACCAAAAUCUGAAGAUAUAAGUUAUGCAUCAGGAGAAAAUUCUAACGACGGCGAAAGCGUCACGAUUGCUUCACUUUUAGACGCAACAAAUCCUUUACCACAACAAGUACAAAAUAAUAACAACAAUUCUUGUCCUAGUGGCUUUCUUAUAGCCGGGGAUAAGCUCAAUUUAAAUGAACACGAAGAUAUUGAAAAUAGAGGAACACAAAACAUACCUAAUAGUUAUACCAUGUCAUCUAAAUUUAACUCUGAUAAACUAUAUCAUUCUUCUCUUCACUUUCUUUUUAUGUCUGUUAGUUGGGCUCAAAGUAUACCAAAGUUUCUUGAAUUGCCUUUCUCUGACCAAGCGUUAUUGCUUGAAGAGUCUUGGAGUGAACUAUUUAUUUUAUCAAUGAUUCAGUAUUCCGAACCAAUAGAAUUAGGAGUAUUGCUUUAUUCAAUUGGUGCCGAAAAUGCCAGUUCCCAAAAAGGUUCAAAUGAUAUACAGGAAUUACAGACUUUACAACAAAUUGUGUAUAGGUUCCAGAACUUAGCAAUUGACUGCACAGAAUUUGCGUGUCUCAAGGCUACUGUGCUAUUCAAACCUGAUCUUGAAGGGUUACGUUGCGGUCAGUACAUUGAAAACUUACAAGACUAUGCACAAAGUAUGUUGGGCGAGUAUGUUCGUAAUACUCACCCACAAACACCUGCGAGAUUUGGAAAAUUGCUAUUGCUUCUUCCUUCUCUACGCGCUAUAGGUGCAAAAACCUUAAUAAAACUUUUUUUAAAGGGUGACACAGAUCAAUCUCCGAUAGACAAAGUGUUACACGAUAUGAGAAAAACGAGUUUACACUGAUUUUUUAAAGAUUGUUUACUUUAUGUAAUAUAUAUUUGUUUAUUUUUCUUGAACUUUUUUUAAUUCUUUUAUUUGUUUUUUAUAUGUAAAGUUUUUGGAUGGAUAAUAUCACUUUGAUUCUUUA